AUGCCUCUUGGUCCAGCAGGGAACAUCAUGAGUCGGAACGGCCAUGAUGGAGGCGAGCUGCCCCCCAGAUCGAAGCCGACCGCGGCACCAGCAUCGCCACCAAAAAGUAGUUACCCUUCCCGCGAGGAAAGGCUGACGCUUGUAGACCGACGACCUCGCUCAUCAAAUCGUUGCACACCGGAUACCGAAGGUAGUAGAGGCCUUGCGGUCGACAAAAUGACACUUGGCCGAUCGUUUCUGACCCGGACAUUUCCGGAGGGAACGAUAAGUAGGGCGGAGCGGGAACGGAGCGAGUCCAACGACCACCACCGGGAAGAAGAGGGCAUGGCAGCGUCGACGGGUGCUUUGAGGCGAGCUUCUGUUGAGCUCCAGAGACAUGUGGACGAAGUGAUGGGUAUGGUGUGUAGGCUCCACAGCCGGCUCUCUGACGCGGCCUGCUGGACGAAGAACUUGCAGGAAGACACUCGAGCGUCCAGGCGAAAGGUCGCCGAUCUGAUAGACCAGGUGCAACAUCUGUCUGAAGGAACGCUGCUGCCCAUCACCGGCACCCAUGAAUCGUGGCUACGGAUCAUCUCGGGCACCGACACGCAUGAUCCCGGCAGCCACAUUGGCCAGCCAGCAGCGACAAGACUUUCUCGCCGCAACGAUGCAGAAAGAGACGACGAUCGCUUUGAACCUAACGGUGAUGUUGGAGUGAGAGGCCAAGAGAUAAACGGAAGCACUAUCAGCGAAACAUGCGAGGGUAGGAUAUCUCGAGACGUCUCGCCUUUGGCGUCUCGCCCCGGCUCACCCGCAUCGUGGCGGUCUAGUUCGGCUUCAGUUUCGUCUCAGUCUGGCAGCAAGUCGCGAUCAUCUAGACCUGGGUCGCCUUUCUCGCAAGAGAGUUGUUGCGGCAGCAUGGCCCCGAUGUAUUCUCCUGCUUUUCCCGCUGCCGCGUCUGCAGCUGCCGCUACCGUCGACCGUGCCGCUGUUGAAGUCGAUGCUGACACGGGUGUCGGUGGUGAAACGGGUACGGCAGCGGAGAUCGACGAGGGGAAGUAUUGUCCUGGAGACCGUGGUGGCGAUGGCACUAGUUCUACUCGCCAGAGAAGAGAGACUAAAGCAAUGGGCUCCAAAGAAUCCGAAACGAAUAUCGGGAAGGGUCGUGAGCAACGGACGCUGGCGCGUCGUGAUGACGGAAAGCUGGCCGCUAACAUUGCAACACGCGGCGUCGAGAGAAUUGGGGACGUGUCCGAGCAACGCGGAGCAGCGGCGCAGCAGCUGCCCAAAGUUAUCUACGGGAGCAAGAGGAGGGGGAAACGACGAUCGAGGUCGAGAAGGAGACGGGUGGAGUCAACUGCCGACGCCAUCGAUGACGGUGGUGACAGGGACGGCGGCGGCAGGGGCAGCGACACAAAGGGAGGCCGAGAGACUGCGCAAGCCUUGUCAACCCCAAGCAGCCCUCGAAAUGAUGGUGGUGGCGGCACGAGCUCACUUUCGUCCCCGCCCAGCGGUAGGGACAAUCAGCGCGAACGAGGAGUGUCGCCGUCCUCGAGAUCUGGCAGUCCACCGCGCGGACGCCGUCACCGUCGGGGUAGAAGGGCUAAACGACGCGAUCGGGGUGACGGCAGCACCAACAACGACAGGAGGGUCGAACGGCAAGCGGGGGUCGAAAUAGCCGUGGCAUCCAAGGCGGGGGAGAAGAAGGAGGCUGUUCGUGAUGGUGACGGUGGAGGUGCUGGUGAUGGCAGGUGCGACAAGGACAAUAGUCUGGCCGAGGAAGGCGUGUUAGCGGAGGACGGCGUCGGCCCGGACCCGACGGAAGCCGGGUACAUGCUUCAGACUCUCGCUGGACUAUCUAAAACGCUGCGGCGACUGAGUUGUGCGGAGGACAACACAUUAGUCCCUGGCAACCCUGAUCCCGUACGUACUGCAGAAGAGGUGGGAGGUGACGGAGGACGGGGCGAUAUCCUUCCCGCGUGUGAACGCUGCGUAGUUCUCUCUGAGAGCUUGGAAUCCUUGCGCGAGCGGGCCCGGGCACAGGAGCGUCUCCUGGAACAUUCUGAGAAACUUCUGACGGCGGCCACGACGACAGCGGCGUCAUUUGACGCCCGUAUACACUCAGCGGGGCAACGAGAUGAGUCGUGUCCGACCGCAGACGCUGGUGGCGACGGCCCGAUAGCAUUAGGCCCUGGAGCGUCAGCAGACCCAACAACCCCAACCGGCGUUGCAGCGGAUGUUGCACCCGUAGGCCAAGUAGAGCCUGCCAUCAGGCCCGCGGAGAACGAAGACGUUCCGCGGGACGAACAGCAGCCUGAGGAGGGCAGUGAACACCACGAAUCAGCAGCAAGGGCGGGAGACGAGCACGGGGGGGCACGCGGAGCGGACGAAGAAAAUGAGGAACUUCUCGCCGCUGCCGAGGAGGUCUGGAGAGUGUCGGAGAUGGCGCGGAAUGUGUUGCAGGGGGAGCUAGAGAGGAAGGACGAAGCUCUGUCCGCUGCGACCAAGACGGCGAGGGAAUCCAAAGAAGCGCUGUCAAAACAGAGGCAAGAAGUGGCUAGGUUGAACGACGCCGUGCGGAACCAGGAGAAGGAGACCGAGAAAUGGAAGGCAGACGCUGAGAGGUCCAUCGCCAAGGAAAAGGACACUCGACGAGCGAUGGAGAGCGCCAAGGUUGCUGCGGCUGAUGUCUUGCGAAGGUCGGGGAGGGAGAGGAAAGCGCUCAUGGGUGAAGUGCACACCCUCAACGAGAAGAUCACAGCCCUUCGAAGUCGCCUGGGGGGCGUACAGACGAGGCGGAACGCGGAAUGCGAGCUGGCAGCGAAAAAGACGGAGGGUGAUGAUAUCUAG